AGGCAAGGUUGUCAGUUAGUAGGAUCGAUUAAUUGUAGUUACCUUUUUCCCAACUUGUCUUUUUUUGAUGAGCUAGCUAGCUAGCUUCUUUUUCAGAAACCCAUUUAUAUAAAUAUGAGAUGGAUCGAUCACCUGUCAUGCAUCUCGAUCCAUCUCAUAUGCAGACAUACAUGUAUCUUAGUCAGAUAGAUAGAUAGAUAGAUAGAUAGAUAGAAUGAUCCAUGACCUCACGCACCUUUACUGGCCCUCUCUCUGAGUCUCUUCUCUUAUUAGCUUCUUCUGAGUUCUGAGAGUUAGUUAGAUCCAUCGGCGUGACCGGCCGCUAUGAUCGAUGCAAUAGCAACAAGCUAUAAGAUAAUAGCAACCUCAGCUCAUGGAGGGAAGUAAUGGCAAAGAGUUGGAGUACUACAGCUCUGCCUCUACUACGGAUCAUCCGCUGCAGUCGUCGUCUGCCGAUGUGCCUCACGACGGGAGGAGCUCCAGCAAUAAUAGCAGCACGGUGGAGCUGGAUGAAGCCGGCGCCGGUGACAGCAGCAGGAAGACCGCGGCCUCUCCAUCGUCGGUUCGCCCCUACGUCCGCUCAAAGAACCCUCGCCUCCGCUGGACGCCGGAGCUGCACCACUGCUUCCUCCGGGCCGUCGACAGGCUCGGCGGCCAAGAUCGUGCAACUCCCAAGCUCGUUCUUCAACUGAUGAACGUUAAAGGGCUCAGCAUAGGCCAUGUCAAGAGCCACCUCCAAAUGUAUAGAAGCAAGAAGAUUGACGGCUCGGGGCAGGUGAUAGGUGGUUCAUGGAGAAAUGAUCAUCGGUUGCAAGAGGGGGGGCAAGUGUACAACCUCAGCCAUCUUUCCUCGCAUCACGGCCAGACUGGUGCUAGUACUACCCUAUUGUCAGCAAGGUUUGGUGCAUGGCCUCAUUGGAACAAUUUCCAUCAACCAUACUGGCUUCAUGGUCACCAUGUUCUUGGAUCGAAAACCUACUACUCAUCAGCAGCUGAAGCCGACGACCCAUUCCUUAGAACACGAGCUGAUCAGUCUGUUACUGGAGCUUCGAUUCUUCAAGGGUGUUCAUCAUAUCAAAAUGAUCGAUCCAUGAACAAUCAAAUACGACUGCUGCGCGAUCAGGAGAACAUUAAUAACCACCAUGAUCCCCUUGAUCUCGAACUCACACUGGAUAUUGGGACACGGCGGGAUAAGAGAAUAAAGAGAUCAGGUUCUAGCUGGGGCAGAGAAGAUGAGAAUGCCAGGGAUCAAGAACAAGAAGUGGCUGAUACUGGGCUCUCUCUUUCUUUCUUCUCAUCUCCUCCUGCGAGGACCAGUAGUGGUAGGUGUCAGUAUGGAUAAAGGAAAAGCUCACCCAACAAAGGACAAGUACUCUUGAUCUCACCAUGCAUGAUCUACUUCGCCGUCGGUGUGGUGAUAUCUUGUGGUACUUAUCCAUGUAUGUAGAGGAACAUACGUAUGCAUAUAAAUAUAUAUCUUAGAGCGAGCUAUUAAUUAUUUAUACAUAUUUUGAUCUUUUGAGUUUA